AUGCAUGGAUCGCGAUCGCACUAUGAUUAUACCGUGGCAUGGAUCAGCGCGCUGCCGCUGGAGAUGGCCGCCGCGAGACAGAUGUUCGACCAAUUCCACGACAGACUACCCCAGCCGUUGACCGAUACAAACACCUACACGCUGGGCAGUAUCUGCGGCCACAAUGUGGUUCUGGCAUGUCUUCCGUCCGGUGUCUAUGGUACUACUUCGGCUGCUACAGUCGUCGCUCAAAUGCGCUCUACCUUCCCUAGGCUUCAAUAUGGGCUGCUGGUGGGGAUCGGGGGAGGCGCGCCCAGCGAGAAAGUUGAUAUACGGCUUGGCGAUGUGGUAGUUAGUAAGCCCACGCGCACCUACGGCGGAGUAGUGCAAUAUGACUACGGCAAAACCGUGGCUGGUGGGCGGUUUGAGCGGAGUGGCAUGCUCAACAGGCCUCCUGAAAUACUUCUCACCGCGAUGUCGAAGCUACAGGCAGAGCUGCACUGUCACGAGAACCCAAUAUCUACCUUACUCCUGGAGCGAUCCCAGGCAAAUGGAGGAAUUGGCUCGAGUUUUCCCUGUCCAGGCCAAGGCCGCGACCUGUUGUUUAAGUCGACGUAUGCCCAUGUGGGUUCAGACGAUACAUGCCAGAACUGUGAUGCACGCCAUUUGGUUCCCAGGACAGCCCGUGCAUCUGACGAGCCCGAGAUUCACUAUGGUUUAAUCGCAUCCGCAAACCAGGUUAUGAGGGACGGCCCAACACGCGACAUGCUGACUCGGAACCUCAAUAUUUUAUGCUUUGAGAUGGAAGCAGCGGGGCUGAUGAAUCAUCUUCCCUCCCUUGUGGUUCGUGGUAUUUGCGACUAUUCUGACUCCCACAAACAUAAGGAUUGGCAGCCUUAUGCAGCACUAACGGCAGCUGCUUAUGGCCGUUUACUACUAUCAGUCGUUCCUGUUCCAUCCUCCGGGAAGGAUGAUCACUUUCUCACAAUGGAGGAAAAGGAAUGUUUAGAAAAGCUUUUCCUGACAGACCCCGGAGAUGACCUAAAUGCGCUCAAGCGCAGGAAAGGAGGUCGAGCUGCGGGGACGUGUGAAUGGAUUCUGGAAUCACCAGAAAUCAGGCGAUGGCUUGGGAAAGAAAGUCGAGCUGCAGGGUAUGAAUCGGAUAUUCUGUGGCUUCACGGCAACCCAGGAACAGGCAAAUCAACGAUGGCUAUCACACUCGCCGAAAAGCUGCCCGAAGACCCCUUGCUCGCACGUGGAGAUGCCAUGCUUGCGUACUUCUUCUGCGACUCGAGUUCUGAAAACCACAGAACUGCCACGGCUGUAUUGCGUGGUUUGCUCUAUCAAACAAUCCAGAAACGUCCGUCAUCACUGGGAUCCCUUGUAUCAAAGUAUCGCGGUCACAAGGAUAAGUUAUUCUCCUCUUUCGAUGCUUUGUGGUCAGUCUUGAUGGAAAUUGGGAAUAGCAGCGGGAUGAAAUUGUACUGUAUUAUUGAUGCCUUGGACGAAUGCGACGAUGAAGUGCUGGAAUCUCUCCUACCACAGCUGAACCAAAGCUUUCAACCCAGUGAUUCCCGACACAAUCAGUACGGAAUUCACAUCUUGAUAACAAGCCGUCCGUAUGAAGAAAUCAGAGUACAUUUGGCUGAGUUUCUGAACCAAGACCUUGCUUCUUAUCCUCAGGUCCGCAACGAUCUUGCAAUUUUCAUCGAGCAGAAGGUCGAAGAAUUGAGUGUGAAGAAGCACUACUCUGCAAAUAUUCGCCGCAAUGUUGCCGCAAUCUUGAAUGAUAAGGCUGAGGGAACGUUCCUAUGGGCUGGUUUGGCGUGUGGUGAAUUAGUCAGAGUUCGAUCGAGGGACGCAGUUGCGACACUAGAAAAAUUACCGAGUGGCCUUAGUUCAAUGUACAAAAAGAUGCUUGACAUGGCUGUCGAAGAUCGCCAGGAGGACAAAAGCACGAUCUUCCAGUUAUUGACCGUCAUUGUGAUUGCCCGUCGCCCAUUGACUCUGUUAGAGCUAGCGGAAGCUUGCAAUCUCUAUGAAGCCGAUGACCCGGAAGACCGGGUAGCAUUUGUCCGUGAGGGUGUCUUCGAUUGCCGUCUACUGGUCGUUAUUCAGGAUGACAGGGUGAUGCUGCUCCACAAAUCCGUCAAGGACUUCUUAACUCAUUCUCAGAAUGUCCAUGUCAUCAGUGAGCAGCUAGCUCAUGCGGAGUUCGUUGGCCGUUGCAUUCAUGUCCUGACGCAGGAAUUGGAUGCUGAAAGAUCGGUAAUGUCUUCAAUUCUGGAGAAUGCUACGGGCGACCGUUUGUUCCUGUUUUAUUGCGUGCAACACUGGCCUGAGCAUGCUCAUUUGGCAGGAUCCGAAUUCAAAAUCUCAGAACGCCACGCCGCCUUCUUCGAACUAGACUCCGCAGCACGAGAGAGAUGGUUAGACCUUCUUCGGCAAUCCAAUCUGUCCGUCAGCUAUGUUCCAUUCAAGUUCUCCAUUUUUCACGUUGCGGCGAGAUGGGGCAUUCCUGCCCUCGUUUCCCAUGCACUAUCCAGACAGAGUCGCCUGUGCGAGCCAGGGAACGCAGAAGCGGAAAACUUCCAUCUGCUGCGUGAUCACCUUAUUAAUUCACGUUGUUCGAAUGGGACCACCCCGCUCGAAGAGAGUGCUAUCCAGGGCCAUCUCAACGUGUUCGGCGUUCUGCUGGAUUUGACCAGUGACCUAACGCCCCUGCCCGACGAAGUCAUCGCCGCGGCGAUUAAGAAUCGGCGCAGAGGGGCCGGCCUCGUCAAGCUUUUCAUUGAUAGUAAAAGACUACAGGCUCUCCCAAAGAAAUGUACACGGAUAGCUUCUACCGAAACAUGGGAUUUGCUGCUGGAUUACUUUGGUCUCGACUUUCAUGUUUCUGAAGAAAUGCUUCGGCAUAUUUGCUAUAGUGAAAAUGGCGCCGAUAUAUUGAGGGCAUUGUCAAGGAAGCUGCAACGUCGAUUACCAAUCACCAAGGAAUUUCUUACAGUCGUCGCCUCGCACUGCGACGCAAGGUGUGCGGAGUUUCUGCUGAAUUACGUCGGAAAAACGAUCCCAAUCAGUGCAGACUUCACCUAUGCCGCUUUGAUCAAUAGUAAGCAUGGCCCAGGUAUAAUUGACCUUCUGCUGGCUCGUUGGCAGAGGUGCUUGCUAGUCCUGGAGUGUCCAGAAGAAGACCCCGUUCUGCUAAUCAUGCAGCAGCUGCAGAGGCCCACUUUCAGACCAGAGAAGGUAGCAAAUGUCUUGCGCGUGAUUCAAAACAGAGGGUUCAAACUUUCGCCCUCGAUGGCCCUCGUAAGACUGGUGGCAAACACCGGAGACGCAAAUCUUUGCAAGGAAGUUCUGCAGAAUGGGGAGGCGGUGGCCUUGAUAAAUGAAAGCACCCUAGUCUACGUGGCAGAGCGAAUGACUGCAGAGAUGUUCGACUUCUUCUCGGACACCCUGGGCAGUGAGCUUCCUAUCAGCGCUCGCCUCGUUGAGGCUGCGGCUGCGAAUUUGGAACAUGGAUGGCAGAUUAUCCAAAAACUGUUCAAGCUCUCAGGUGGUAAUCUUCCUGUCUCUGACUUGACUGUUAGCCGUGCAGCACAAAUAGCACAAACGCGGCGGCAUGGCGGUCAAACCCUCAACUUCCUGCUCCAGCAUUUUAAAGACCGCAUUCCGGUCUCACCAAGUGUCGUUAGAUUUGCUGCUGCCUCGGGUAGAGAGGGAUACCCUUUCAUUGAAGCAAUACUCGAUCGCUUAGGAGACAAUGGGUUGACUGCGGAAGCCGACUUGAUUCCCACUGUCAUAUCCGAUGGCAGUGUAGAGCUACUGGUGUUUAUACUGGAUCGAACUGGCGCCUCACUCCCAAUCACCGAGGAGACACUUGCUUUGGCAACCGGUAAUCAUUGGGAUGGCAUACGAAUGGUUAGACUCUUAGCGCAGCGUGUUUGCGGGCUAUUGCCCUGGCACGAAGAAGCGUUCAGAGGAUGUGAUGAAGUCAAUAUCCGUCCGAUCUUCACCGAAUGGUCAAAUGAAGGCACUUUCACACAUGAGAUGAUCCAUGCCGCAGCGAUCUACGUAGCCCAGGAGUCUAUUACACUGGGAGACUCCGUGCAUAAGACUCUCAUCAGUUACUGGAAGCGAGUCGAUUUUGCCGAAGAUAUUGCCCGAAUACUCGUUCAAAGCAAUAAUAUGAAGAUUUUAGCAAAUCUGCUGACUCUAUACAAUGACGUCUCGCUCAUUGACAAGGAGACGAUGCAACUCGCAGCGAAGAAGGAUUCACCUGGGCCCUUGAUCGAUUUAAUGAUUAAACACCGCCGGGAGGAUCUCAUUUUGACGGAGGAGGUUGUCGAGACCGCGGCGGGGCAUUCGUGGAUGAGAAAUGCGGCCAUCACCUUCUUAUUGGAGCAGUACGGAGAGAUGACCCCUGUCUCGGAACAAGCACUCGUCUUUAUGUUGCUAUAUUCCUCCACCAGAAAUUCGACUGUAGCGCGCUUCCUCGAGGGUCGACCGGAUUCAAUCUUGAGGUCGCCGACGAUGCUCAAAGCUGCCGCUGCAGGGGGUAAUCGGCAAAUCGUCGGAAGGAUCCUUGAGUCUUAUCCGUUCGAGAUCACGGAUGAGAUUCUUGAAGCAGCAGUAAGGAAUUCUCCAGGUGUGAAGGAUAUCUUUUGCAUGCUUCUUGCCAAAAGCGGACGUCACAUUACUGAGAGGAUGAUUCAGAUUUCGUCCAAAAGAAGGGUUGAGAGCUAUUCAUUCCUUCUUGACGAGACCAGAGAUAGGAUUCCAAUUAGCACUGAAACACUGUUUGCUGCUCUGAAAGGGCCAUUGAAUGCAGUCGAAACGCUACUCAGAUAUCCCAUUGAUGUGGACCAGAUUACGGAAGAGAUCUUGGUAAUGGUGGGACGUUGUUUGGAGCCUGAACGGGUAUUCCCCCUUCUCUUCGAACGAUUCGAAGACCAGAUAAAUAUCACCGAAAAGGUCGUUGCAGCCACAAUCGAAAGUUCUCGUAACAGUCUAUUCAUUGCAAAGUUACUGAGCCGUCUCGAUCGCGCGACGCCUCUCACUGAGGCAGUGCUAGUCGCCGCGGCAAAAAGCAAGCUGCCUACACCUGAGCUCAUUGAGCUUUUUACUCGACUCCUGAGCAUGCUCGGAGAUGAUAGGGUCAUUACAGAAGCGACAUUUGUUGCCGCGGCCGGCAACAAAUCGAAUGGUGCAUGGAUAAUGCAGCUGCUACUCAGUCGUAGGGGUGAUUUCGAGAUUACAGCAUUAGUGAGCAAGGCAGCCGUGUUCAAAGAAGACGAUGCGUUCGGCGAUAUACCUCCCUACGUAAUGGAAGCGCUUCUGGAUCUGAAAGGAGACACAGUCCCAAUCACCGAGGAGGUUCUGCUGGCGGCCACUAGGAACCUCACUUAUAGGUACAGCAUCUUCAGAUUAUUGGUAAGAGAAAGAUUCGACUCUGUGCGCGCUUGUCUCGCCCAGAGGCUGUUGCUCACUAUCGCGGCGAGUGGGGAUAUGAUGACUCUGUCACUCUUGGAAAGGAGGUUUGGAACCACAAUCACAAAUGAGCUGCGCUCGAUCUGUCGGUUGUAUAUUGGCGCCCGUGAUGGCAACAGGCGGGCUGUACAGUCCCUUCUCCAUCAAGGGGUGCCGCCAGAUACACGAAGCGCCAGUGGAGAGACUCCCCUUUGGAUGGCAGCAGCCCUUCAGCACGAUUUGAUCGUCAAGGACCUCUUGGCAACAAAAGCGGUAGACGUUGAUGCUGUUUCAAUGACCGGAGACUGGCCACUUAUCAAAGCAGUGCAAACUUACAAUGUCCCUAUUGUACGCCUUUUACUGGCUGCAGGUGCGAAUCCGAACCUGGCCGACAAGGACGGAAAGACAGCCUAUGAUUUAGCAGAGGAGCGGUCCUUCUUGCGAAUGAUGGCUAUCAUGAGAGAAUAUGGGGCUAAGUGA